UCAAAGAAGAAGAAGCUAGUCCGUGCUGUUAGCAGGCCGACAGUAAAUAAACAGAAAAACUAUCACGGUACGGACAUGUCAGCUGAUACCAAGAUUGCCGAGCUGCUCACGGAGCUCCAUCAGCUCAUCAAACAGACCCAGGAGGAGAGAUCACGCAGUGAACACAAUCUGCUCAACAUCCAGAAAACACACGAGAGGAUGCAGACAGAAAACAAAACCUCUCCAUACUACCGGACCAAGCUGAGGGGACUGUACACCACGGCCAAAGCAGAUGCUGAGGCAGAGUGCAGCAUUCUGCGUCAUGCUCUAGAUAAAAUUGCAGAAAUCAAAUCUUUGUUGGAGGAGAGGAGGAUAGCUGCUAAGAUGGCAGGAGUUUACAGCGACAGCGACCCCCCCAGGAAGACAAUGAGGCGCGGCGUCCUGAUGACGCUCCUCCAGCAGUCGGCCAUGACACUUCCUCUGUGGAUUGGAAAGCCAGGGGAAAGCCCCCCUCCUCUGUGUGGGGCGACUCCAGCCAGCAGCGACUAUGUGGCCAAACAGGGUGACAAGGUGGCAGCGAGGGUGAAAGCUGUGGACGGAGACGAGCAGUGGAUCCUGGCUGAGGUGGUCAGCUACAACCACUCCACCAACAAAUACGAAGUGGAUGACAUUGAUGAAGAGGGCAAAGAGAGACACACGCUGAGCAGACGGAGGAUCAUCCCUCUGCCUCAGUGGAAGGCCAACCCAGAGACGGACCCCGAGGCCCUGUUCAGUAAGGACCAGCUGGUGCUGGCCCUCUACCCCCAGACCACCUGCUUCUACCGGGCCCUCAUCCACACCCCACCUCACAGGCCUCAGGACGACUACUCUGUGCUGUUUGAGGACACAUCGUACGCCGACGGUUACUCCCCUCCUCUGAAUGUGGCUCAGAGAUAUGUGGUCGCCUGCAAGGAGAACAAGAAGAAGUGAUGGAUGCUUAGAUAUGGAGACCAGAUUUACACCAAAAGACAGUGAUGAAGCCGUAUUUGUCAGAAUCACCUCCAGACACACAGCAGAAGUGAAGUUAACCACAGAGACCUGAACGUCUCAUGGGGAAACACUGGCUGUGUCUCUGCAGCAUCGCAGGUUCAUUCAGAGCAACUGUUAAACUUCCAGAAGAACGUGUAGCUUCUUCUGUGUGAAGUUGGCAGUGGUGUUUUAUAUUAAAUCAUUUCCUGUUAGUAUUAAAGGUUUAGUACAGUACUCUCAUUUUUUGUAUACUAACAGCUAAAAUAGUAUACUUUAAAGGUUAGUGUACUGUAUACUGUAUAUACUUUGUAGGAUGGAAAUGGGACACAUGAUUUUGUACUCUAAUAGAGAAGUUGCACAUUUUUCCCAGCGACUUAAAACGUUUUCUUGUUUCAUCCAGUGGCCAGUCGAAAACCACACUUCAGAACUGUGUAAAUAUCCAGAUGCUGUUUCAGAGCCGUCGUUUUGGUUUUUCUGCUUUGAACAGCCCAGUUUAGGGACCUGAAGUGUACAUUUUUAGUGAUUGUUGUGUGUACCAAAAACUUAAAGACAGUAGUGAAAA